AUGGCCAAUCGCCUAGAUAACUCUGCCAACGACCCAUGUCGGUCAGCAACGGUGCAGGAGAAGGAAAGCUGGAAUGGCUUUUGUGAGCUGGAGUCGGAGCCUGCUCUUUUCAAUGUGAUGCUGCGAGAAUUCGGGGUGAAAGGCGUCAAAGUCCAAGAAGUUGUAUCAUUAGAUGAAGAGAUGAUGGCAUUCUUAAACAAGCCUGUCUAUGGUUUGAUCUUCCUGUUUCGUUGGCGGGAAGAUGAUCCGGAGAAGCAAGAGGCGAGCUGCCCAGAAGGGCUUUGGUUUGCAAACCAGACUACCAGCAAUGCUUGCGCCAGUGUUGCCCUGCUGAAUAUUGUCAACAAUAUAGAAGGCAUCGAGCUUGGGGAUAACCUACAGCAUUUCAAGGACUUCACGAUGCCGUUUACUCCUGCGCUUAGGGGAGAUGCCAUCAGUAAUUUUGAAUUUGUCAAACGAAUACAUAAUUCAUUUGCAAGGAAAAUGGAUAUACUCAAUUCAGAUCUUCAACUAAAGCAUGAGGCGAAAUCUAGGCGUUCUCGUUCGAGUAAGGGCAUGCACGAUGAAACUGAUAUAGACGCAGGGUUCCACUUUAUCGCGUUUGUCCCUGCGUUGGGGAAAGUCUGGAAGUUCGAUGGCCUGGAACGCCAGCCCCAGGCACUCGGGCCUUGUACUCCUGAUGAGGAUUGGUUGGGUUUGGUAAAACCGCACCUUAUCACCAGGAUGACUGAAUAUGAAGAAGAUCAGAUUGAAUUCUCAAUCCUCAGUCUCGUUAGGGACCCGCUUGUAGACCUUAUUGGUAAACUGGCUGUCAAUAUAAAGUGUCUGGAGAUGCUUAAUCAGCGCUUAACUACCCAAGCUCCUGGAGUGGCCCACUCGGACUCGCCGUUUGCAAGUCCCAUCCUAGAAAAUACUAUUCUGGGUCCGGAUAAGUCCUUUGAUAUAACAAGAGAGUCUCUCGAUCAGGCAAUUGUUCCAGUGGUAUUGGAGAGGUACCAUUUGUUCUCCGUGCAAGAAAUAGCCGAGUUCCAACGAAAGCUUUGCAAUGAACAGCAGAUGUUACGAGCUGCGAUUCGAGACGAGCAGCAAACCCAGCGGGCGGAUGACGACUAUGCGGCAGGGAGGAGGUACGAUUACGGGCCAGCUAUACGAACUUGGGUGCGAUUCUUGGCCCGCAAAGGGCUGGUUGAGAGCUUAAUACCAGUGGAAGAGGUAUGA